AUGGCAGGCUAUUUCCGACACACUAUCGCCUCUAAGCUGUCAAGAUUUUUGAUCAGUUCGGGAAUUGUCCAAGAAUCUCAGUCGGAAAAAUUUGUAAAGAAAUUGGCAACAGUUGUAAAAGUGAAAAAAAUCACCAGAAAACAUAGCCUGCAGACAGACCAAUUCCAAAUCAGCUUCAAGGAUUUGAAGUUACUUUUCAAUAAAGAUUUUUCUGAAAAUGAAAGAUUCAAAGAAAAAAUUCUCACUUCAUUGUCACAGAGUCAACCUUGUAAGGAAAUACAAAUCGGAUCUGAUGAUAAAUAUUUACUCUUUGGAUUUGAUCCAACAAGUAUUACUAAGAAUGUCCUUGGUGCCGUGAGAAAUGAAGGUUCCAGAUUUGGAUUUUGCAGUCACCUGCAUGAUGCUGUAAUCAAUGAAGAUGGAUGCACCAAUUUGACAGAUUCAAAAAAUGGUCAGACAGUUGUUGUAGAAUACAGUUCCCCCAACAUUGCGAAACCUUUCCAUGCUGGUCAUCUUCGCUCAACAAUCAUUGGUAACUUCAUAUCAAAUCUGUAUGAAGGGAUGGGGUACAAAGUAGUGCGGAUUAACUACCUGGGUGAUUGGGGCACUCAGUUUGGCUUGUUGGCAGCUGGGUUCUAUAAAUAUGGCAACGAUGAAGAGCUGAAAUCAAAUGCCCUACAGCAUCUUUUUCAGGUUUAUGUAAAAGUAAAUCAAGAUACUGCUCAUGAAAUCUCCACAAGCCAAACAGACAAUCCAGACAGUAUGUACCAACAGGGACGGCAGAUUUUCCAAAAAAUGGAAAAAGGGGAUAAAAGGUAUUUAGAACUUUGGCAAAGGUUCCAUCUUUUGAGUAUUGAAGAGUACAAGAAAAUGUACAGUAGGCUUGGAAUCUCUUUUACAGUUUAUCAUGGAGAAUCCAUGUAUUCCAAAUCAUCUCAAAAUUUGUUGGAAGAUUUGCAGGAUUUGGGGUUGUUAAAAGUUGACCAAAAAAGUGGUGUUGGCUAUGUUGAUGUUUCAAAUGAUGAUGCUUCCUCUCAUGUCACGUUAUCCAAAAGUGAUGGAACAACUUUGUAUUUAACACGUUCGUUAUAUUGCAUUCAUUACAACACAUUCAUUACAACACAUUUAUUAUUCCACAUUCAUUACAUCCCAUUCAUUACAUCCCAUUCAUUACAUCCCAUUCAUUACAACACAUUCAUUACAUCCCAUUCAUUACAACACAUUCAUUACAUCUCAUUUAUUACAACACAUUCAUUACAUCUCAUUCAAUACAACACAUUUAUUACAACACAUUCUUUACAUCUCAUACAUUACAACAUAUUCAUUACAUCUCAUUCAUUACAACACAUUCAUUACAUCUCAUACAUUACAACAUAUUCAUUACAUCUCAUUCAUUACAACACAUUCAUUACAUCCCAUUCAUUACAACACAUUCAUUACAUCACAUUUAUUACAACACAUUCAUUACAUCUCAUUCAAUACAACACAUUUAUUACAACACAUUCUUUUACAUCUCUCAUUACAACACAUAUUACAUUACAACAUAUUCAUUACAUCCAUUCAUUACAUCCCAUUCAUUACAUCCCAUUCAUUCAUUACAUCCCAUUCAUUACAACACAUUCAUUACAUCCCAUUCAUUACAACACAUUCAUUACAUCUCAUUCAUUACAACACAUUCAUUACAUCCCAUUCAUUACAACACAUUCAUUACAUCCCAUUCAUUACAACACAUUCAUUACAUCCCAUUCAUUACAACACAUUCAUUACAUCCCAUUCAUUACAACACAUAUUCAUUACAUCCCAUUCAUUUACACAUUCAUUACAUCCCAUUCAUUACAACACAUUCAUUACAUCCCAUUCAUUACAACACAUUCAUUACAACACAUUCAUUACAUUCAUUAUAUCCAUUCAUUACAACACAUUCAUUACAUCCCAUUCAUUACAACACAUUCAUUACAUCCCAUUUAUUACAACACAUUCAUUACAUCCCAUUCAUUACAUCACAUUCAUUACAUCCCAUUCAUUACAACACAUUCAUUACAUCCAUUCAUUACCACAUUCAUUACAUCCCAUUCAUUACAACACAUUCAUUUCAUUACAACACAUUCAUUACAUCCCAUUCAUUACAACACAUUCAUUACAUCCCAUUCAUUACAACACAUUCAUUACAUCCCAUUCAUUACAACAUUCAUUACAUCCCAUUCAUUACAACACAUUCAUUACAUCCCAUUCAUUACAACACAUUCAUUACAUCCCAUUCAUUACAACACAUUCAUUACAUCCCAUUCAUUACAAACAUUCAUUUAUCCUAUCAUUACAACACAUUCAUUACAUCCCAUUCAUUUAAACACAUUCAUUACAUCCCAUUCAUUACAACACAUUCAUUACAUCCCAUUCAUUACAACACAUUCAUUACAUCAUUUAUUCAUUACAAUCCACAUUCAUAUCAUUACAUCCUCAUUUAUUACAACACAUUCAUUACAUCCCAUUCAUUACAACACAUUCAUUACAUCAUUCAUUACAACAUUAUUACAUCCCAUUUUAUUACACACAUUCAUUACAUCCCAUUCAUUACAACACAUUCAUUACAUCUCAUUCAUUACAACACAUUCAUUACAUCCCAUUCAUUACAUCCCAUUCAUUACAACACAUUCAUUACAUCCCAUUCAUUACAACACAUUCAUUACAUCCCAUUCAUUACAACACAUUCAUUACAUCUCAUUCAUUACAACACAUUCAUUACAUCCCAUUCAUUACAACACAUUCAUUACAUCCCAUUCAUUACAACACAUUCAUUACAUCUCAUUUAUUACAACACAUUCAUUACAUCCCAUUCAUUACAACACAUUCAUUACAUCCCAUUCAUUACAACACAUUCAUUACAUCCCAUUCAUUACAACACAUUCAUUACAUCCCAUUUAUUACAACACAUUCAUUACAUCCCAUUCAUUACAACACAUUCAUUACAUCCCAUUCAUUACAACACAUUCAUUACAUCCCAUUCAUUACAACACAUUCAUUACAUCUCAUUUAUUACAACACAUUCAUUACAUCCCAUUCAUUACAAAUAAUAUCUAUUACAUUCAUUUAUUACAACACAUCCAUUACAUCUCAUCAUAA